AUGGAAUACCUUUUAAAAAGCCUCCCAGACACGCAGAAGGAAUAUUACAGAUGGAUGUCCUCGAUAAAUAUCAGGAAAGCUAAGGAGCAGCAAGAAAUUAUAGAGCUCAGGGACAAGCUGAGACGUACUGCUAGAUGGAUGCGAGGGAACGGAGUGAUUCUCACCAGAGCUGAUAAGUUCAGAACACUAGUCUUCAUGAAACGCAGCUCAUACCAGCAGGGUUUGAGGGAAUACAUUGAUAAUACAAUGUGCGAGAAAGAAAAGGACGAUGUAAUCGACAAACUACAUGCUAAGGUUAGACGCCUCGCUGACUCUAAAUUAGCCAAGCGCCUGGCACUACACGACAUAAUAGUCGAUUCACCAGACGUACCUAGACUUUUCGCCUACGCUAAAACACAUAAGACGGACCAACAGUUACGCCCGAUCGUAGGCAAGGUAAGGGCGCCCACACGAAAGCUUGAGAAAGCCAUACACAACCUCCUAACUCCCCAUCUAGAAAACUACCACUACAACGUAAAUAAACCGACCGACCUCAUCCGCUUCCUACAAGAUCUACCCUCCCCACCACGUUUUAUGACAGGCCUGGACUUCAAAUCUAUGUACCCCUCAAUAGAGCUACCUCCAGCCUUCUGCUCCCUCAGAGAUUUUUUGUUUAAUACAGUUCAAGACCAAGCACUACACCAACAGGUACUCGAGGUGGCCCAUCUGGCGUGUUACGACUCUGUUUUUAGGUUCGGCGACACUAUCUACCGGCAGAAAAAGGGUGUACCGAUGGGUAGCCCACUCUCGGGCGACCUCUGUGAAAUGGUCGUCAGACAGCUCGAAAGUAAGGCCCUCCCACCUUUCCUUCCUAGCAUCCUGAUUUAUAAAAGAUACGUGGACGACAUUCUUAUCGUAUGGAGAGAGGUCUCCUACAUGACAUCUUUCGUCAGAACCGUCAACCCUUUCGGCCUAACCGUUGAACUGGAGCAAGCUAGUACAGAAGUCCAUUUCCUCGACAUUGGAAUAAAAAUAGUAGGAUCCACCAUCCACACGGCCGUAUACCCAAGCCCUCAUCCACCCCCACGUACAUACCAGCCGAUUCUUCUGACCCGUUCCCGUACAAGGCAGCCGCCUUUAGGGCUCUGGUGGACAGAGCAUUUUCACACUCAUCCACCAAGCAAGCCCUAA